CGUCAUGCCACCAUCAGACCUGCAGCAGAUUUGGAUUUGUACUGAUCAUGUGUUGGAGGUCUCAUAGUCUGCUCUGGUUGUUUCCAUUUUAAGGCCUGGAGCUGGAGCCCAACAGCGCCGCUCAGAGGUGACAGAUGGUACCGCACCAGUGACGCAGCUCUCCGUUGCGGCGACGUAAACACGUGCACCUCGCUGCUUCCAGGUUACGGUUUUUCUCAUUGCACCGUCAGCCUCGCACUCCAGCAUCACUCCCUGACAACAGCAGCGAUGGCGGAGCCCGCAGCAUCGGAUGCGGCGGCCACAGCAGCAUCCCCGACCCCGGGCCUCUCCCCAGCAGCAAGCCCAGGAUCAGAGCCUCCAUCCAUGGCUCUGUCUCCCACCGCAGACGGCUCCCAGCGGCUGCUCUUCUCCCACGACCUGGUCUCUGGGCGGUAUCGCGGCUCAGUCCGCUUUGGCCUCGUACGGAUGAUCCACGGAGAGGAGGAAUUUAACUCAGACUCGGACCUCGAUGACGAUGGCGGCGGUGGCGGCGGAGGAGGUGGCGGCGGAGGAGGACGAGGAGUCCCGGGUGGUUCCGACACUGAGAGCGCUGUGGACCUCCCGAGUCGGCCUCUGUGUCGGGGGUUUGUCCGCGUCCAGUGGUACCCUGAAGGAGGAAAGCAGGACAUCAAGGAGACAAAGCUGAAACUUGAAGAUCGAUCCAUCGUCAUUAGAGAUAUCGUACGACGAAACAAUUCAAAUGAUAACCAGUGUGGUAUUGUGACCAACAUUGACAUCGAGUGUGCGGUGAAACUCGUGGGAACAAACUGUGUUCUGUAUCCAGUGAACAGCAGAGACCUGCAGCACAUCUGGUCUUUUAUGUAUGGAGACUACAUCGCCUACGACUUCUGGCUGGGGAAAGUGUACGACUUGACUAAUCACAUCAUCCUCAAGCUCUCCAACGGAGCAAGGUGCUCCAUGAGUGUGGAGGACGGAGCGAAGCUUUACGACGUCUGUCCACAUGUCAGUGACUCGGGUCUGUUCUUCGACGAGGCGUAUGGUUUCUACCCGGGCCAGGUGCUGAUUGGUCCCGCUAAAGUCUUCUCUAACGUUCAGUGGCUGUCGGGGGUCAAACCCGUCCUCAGCAGGAAGUGCAAGUUCAGGGUGGUGGUGGAAGAGGUGAAAGUGGUCGAGCUGAAGGUGACGUGGAUCACAAAGAGCUUCUCCCCCAAAGGUUCAGACAGCGUCUAUCCUCCCCCCUCCACCAUCCCACAGGAGAAUCUCUGCCGGGUGCGGCGUCUAGGAUACUACGACCACACCCAGAGGCAGCUGGGAGAACGGGCCCUGUAUGUGUUCCCCGCCAAGGGGGACGCCACACGCAUCACCUGUGAAGGACCUGAGGGUGCCCCUGUCCUGCCUGAAGACCCCGUGGCCAGAAAGUUGAAAAGGAUGUUCAAGAAGGAUUCGGGGAAGAAGUCGGAGAAUGCAGACGCACAAGGUGAUCACAAAUCGGAGCAGUCCGACCCGUCUCAUCCCAACAACAACAACGGCCACGCGGGGUCGGGCCAGAAUCCGCAGGACUCCCAGAACACCAACGACAGCUCGGCCGAACACGGAGAGCAGGACGCUGACGACGAGGCUGCAGAAGACACUGACGAUACCAGCUCUCUGACGUCAUCGGCCAGCUCCACAGCCUCCUCUCAGAGCGGCGGUCUGGGAGCCAACCGCAAGAAGAGCAUCCCUCUCUCCAUCCGAAACCUGAAGAGGAAGCACAAGAAGAAGAGGACCAAGUUCUCCCGCGAGUUCAAGCCUGGCGACCGGGUUGCAGUGGAAGUUGUUUCAACAAAAACCACGUCUGAUGUGAUGUGGAAGGACGGGCGGUUGGAGAAAGGGAUCCGAUCAAACGAACUCAUCCCCAUCCAGCACCUCGACAGCCACGAGUUUUGUCCCGGGGACUUCGUAGUCGACAAAAGACCCCAAGCCCUGCAGGAUCCAGGAGUGUACGGUGUGAUCCAGUCCGGUGAUCACAAGGGCAGAACAUGUGUCGUCAAGUGGAUCAAACUCAACUCCAGCAGCGACGACGUGGAGGUUUUUGGUAUGGAGGAGGAUGUCAGCGUGUACGACAUCACGGAUCAUCCAGAUUUCCACUUCCGCACCACAGACAUCGUCAUCAGAAUAUGGAACUCUGAGAACGGACACAACGACUGUGAAAAUGAGACGUCGGUGGGCCAGGUGUCCCGGGUGGAUGUGAGCAGCAAAGUGGAGGUGGUGUGGGCGGAUAACUCCAUGACCAUCGUCCUGCCACAGCACCUCUACAACGUGGAGUCGGAGAUCGAGGAGACGGACUACGACUCGGUGGAGGAGACGAGCAGCGUGCUGUCCACUGAGGAGUGGGAGGACGAGAGCGACAGCUGGGAGACGGAUAAUGGCCUCACCACGGAGGACGACAGCCACCUAAACAAUACAGAUGCCGCCGAUACAGUGACCCCGACCCCCACCCCCACCGGCUCCUCAUUGUUCAUCAUCCCCCCUCAAGAGGGCAGCAAAGCUGGGGUCACCAGCCCCACUAAAGGGGCCACUGGAGAGGAGGGGGAGGGGUCUGUAGCUGCUGCUAGUCCUGCUUCUGCUGGAGGAACCACUCCAGGAACAGUCAACGGAGCGGAGAAGCCUGGUAAAGAAGGUGCCUCUCGGGGCUUCAGGGAGCUGAAGGAGGCGCUGAAGAUCCUGGAGAGCCUGAAGAACAUGACUGUGGAGCAGCUCUGGACCGGAGGGUCUCCAACCUCCCCCACCUCCACUGAGCCUGCCUCCACCACUAACGUAGCGAGUUCAGUGACGCCCACCGCCCCGGAGAAGCCGACGAAGGAGAAACGUUUCCUGGACGACAUCAAGAAGCUGCAGGAGAACCUGAGGAAGACGCUGGACAACGUCGCCAUCGUGGAGGAGGAGAAGAUGGAAGCUGUGGUGGAGGCAGGGGGGGGCGCAGGAGCAGCGGCAGAGGUAGAGCGAGCCGGAGAGGAGAAGCCUCAGCUGGACCCGCAGACCCCGGUGGGAGGACAGGAGUGGCCCAGUGAGUUUCUCAGUGACACGCCGGUACUGUGCCAACAAAGCGGAGGGAAGCCCGGCGUCACCUUCACCAGUGCCAAGGGAGAGGUGUUCUCUGUGCUGGAGUGGGCUCCAGACACACACUCGUUUUAUAAAAUGGAGUUCCAGCCAGCGGAGGCAAAGAAGUUCUUCAGCACAGUGAGGAAGGAAAUGGCUUUGCUAGCAACGUCCCUGCCAGACGGCAUCAUGGUCAAAACAUUUGAAGAUCGCAUGGACCUGUUCUCCGCUCUGAUCAAAGGUCCGACUCGAACGCCCUACGAGGACGGAUUGUUCCUGUUUGACAUCCAGCUGCCCAACAUCUACCCCUCAGUGCCGCCUCUGUUCCGCUACCUGUCGCAGUGCAGCGGCCGCCUCAACCCCAACCUCUACGACAACGGCAAGGUCUGCGUCAGCCUGCUGGGAACCUGGAUCGGCAAGGGCACCGAGAGAUGGACCAGCAAGUCCAGUCUCCUCCAAGUCCUCAUCUCUAUACAAGGCCUUAUCCUCGUCAACGAGCCUUACUAUAAUGAGGCGGGCUUCGACAGCGACCGAGGCCUUCAGGAAGGAUACGAGAACAGCCGCUGCUACAACGAGAUGGCCCUGAUCAAGAUGGUGCAGACGAUGACGCAGCUCCUGCAGCACCCCGUGGAGGUCUUCAAGCAGGAAAUCCAGGAGCACUUUGCAUCCAACGGCUGGCGGCUCAUCUACCGGCUGGAGGCGUGGCUUGAGCUGCACGAAGGCGCUGAGCGGGGGCAGGCGAUGCACAUGUCCUCCAGAGCGCACCGACCUUCAUCAGUGGAGCCUCUGGAUGAGCAGGGGCCCGUGGCCGUGGCCCACAGCAGCCCCAGUAAGCCUGGGGAGGAGGGUGUCGGAGGAACAGGAGUCGCCAGUAUUAUAGAGGAGGAGCUGGAGGAUUCAGGGCUGAGUCCCUCCACCACAGCGGCCUCUCAGCAGGAGCUGAGCCACAACUCAGACUGCGACAGCCAGCAGGGGGUCGCCUGUGCUGGCGGUGAAAACAACACGACCUCUGUGGUCCGCGGCGCAACGUCAGAACCCGCCACGGUCAGCGCAGGAGGGACGGGCUCCGUGGGAAGCCAGCCGGUGGUUCGACCAAAGAAACGAAGAAAGAGCUACAGGAGUUUCCUCCCAGAGGGCGGCGGAUACCCUGACAUCGGCUUCCCGCUCUUCCCGCUUUCCAAGGGCUUUGUGAAGAGCGUCAGGGGAGUGAUGCUGCAGUACCGAGCUGCGCUGGUCGCCGCCGCCAUCCCCCAGCACACAGAGGACAAUGACUCUUCAGAUGAGUGCGAUGGAUAAAGAGGAGUGAGCCUCACACGCGCUCACCCAGUUGCACAAACCUGUGAGAGCUGACCGUCACAGGAACCCUCAUCUGGUCACGGACGCAGGUAAACACAGAGCUUUUACCAGAGGUCAAAGUUUCUCUUGAGGCCUCAGCAGGACUUUGGUGGAGCUGAUUUGGACGCAUAAAGGACUGAAUGAGAUGGAAAAUCAGUGCCAUGAACUCUCUUCCACCUAGCCUCCAGCAGUAUCCGCCACACUUGUGGGGAUUUGUUAACAACUCUCUCUCAGCCUGACAAAUGUUAAGCAGACUCGUAAUCAUUGCUGCAUUUUGGACGAGGUCAAAGAAGGCUGAAAAACUGAAGACACAGCUCCUCCUGGGGUCUUUCUGUAGCACUACUGAUGUUCCCGCUGUACCGUCCUGCACUAAAACAACAACGAACGGACAAUCUGGUCUGGGAGAGGAGAUGCCCUGUAAACAGUCUGACCAGGAGGACUCUUUUUAAAUAGAAAUCACCUGUUGUACGCUUUCUGCCAAAUGCUCUCUGUCCAAACACACACACACACACACACACACACACACACACACACUAUUCAAGUAGAGCUACUGAAUGUCAGUAAAACUGCCAACCACAACAUCUUCACCACUUCUUCCACUUUAGUGAACUCGCUGGUAUUUUCCUAAGCCAAGCACUCGCACUGAGCCACGCCACAAACACCGAGUGACAAAGUUUACAUACGAAUCACCUCCGGAGGUCAGGCUGUAACUGUGUGUGUGUGUGUGUGGAGGAGCCAUCCAGGCCCCGGGAUGACAGUCAGCUCUACGUGGAGGUGUGUGUGCUCAAAACUUAACACUGCAUUCAAAAGCUCCAUUCACUUUCCGUAGAAUUUAGCUAAACUUGUUCCAUCACCAAAACGCAACCUGUGCUUUUGAUGCUUUUUAAGUCGUUUUACACACAAGUGUUACAGUUUCAGAGCCAAGCUUUACCCACAAUGCUCCACUCUUCUUUGACGGACGUGAACCCAUCACAUGCAAAUGCCACACUUUAAAGAAUACAUAGAAAAAUACAUACAGGAUCCACUCCGUUCAUCUCAUGUCAACAUGUUGCCUUACUUGAAUCGUUCUUAAUAAUCUCAGAUCAUUGUACAGAGCCACUUGUGUCACGCUUUAGACAUUAACACACGGGCCGAUACACUCUCUAACAACCACUCAAACCCUGCUCCAGUGUUUUCCUUCCCCAUAGUGCAGGUCUAUGAUCAGAUACCCCCUUUAUCAGUUCUUGAACAUGAGUCUGUUGCACUGCGGUCAUAGCUGUAUCCUGAUUUUUCCUCUCCAAAUUGCACGUGCAGAGUUUAAUCACAUCAGAUUACAAACUACAUUAAGUAUGAUGCUGAAGCUUUGAUUAUGUUUUCCUUUUUUGCUAGAUUUUAUUUCUUAUUCCAUGAAGGUGAGAGAAAAUGACACACAUUACAGCUCAAAGACAAGAUCUCUUAUAUCUCUACAUCCCAGAUAUAAAUUGGAUAAACUAAAUCAAGCUUUGCCACAGAUUGCGCUGAAUGAAUUAACUGUGAAAGAAAGCGAAGCUCACCUUUUGGGUCCAACCGUGCUUCCUGGAGAAAUAGAGCAGUCUUUGUUUACUCGUGUUUUAUAAUAGCUGCAUCCCAACUUUAACAUAAUGCUCUUUAUUCCUUUAAAGCUAUAAUUAUUCUCAUUGUUAUACCUAUGAUAGUACAGGUCAGACAAACCCCUUGUGCUUGCUUAAUGUCUUAUAAACAGGAGAGCGCUGGCUGUCUCGUAUUUUACUUGAACUUGAAGAGUGUUUCUGAAUGAGAGAGUGAUGGGAGAGGAUCAAAACCAGGGCCAAAUGAAACAAAGGUCAUGAAUGAGGGUAGUUUUUUUUUGCUUUGACGUUUUUUUAUACACCCUGACUCUUAAAACUGGCAUUCCUGUAUCAGAUGUGGCGAUCAGGCCUCUGACAUUUGUCCUCUUCCCUGCAAUUGAAUUUAUUACUGUUAGUAUUAUUAUUAUUUUAUUAUGUUGCCUUUAAUGCUACAGAGCAGGAUGUAUUGCUACAAGCUGUGGCAUGUAGCCUUGUUUGCUUUCUUGCCCCACCCUCCCCCCUGCCCCCCCAUUUGCUGCUGUUUGUAAAAUGUCACCUCGUGUUUUCAUAAAGAUUAUGGAGCACGGCUGACAUUGCUCCUUCAUGUGUCAUAAGUUGCAGAAACAGAAAAUGUGAAGCUAUCUCGCUAGACUGAAGCGAAAAAGAAUCUGGCAGGAUAUCAAGCACAUGAUGUACAAUUUUCUGUGUGUGUAAUUAAAAUUGGAACCAUUGUUGUUAUUAUUAUUAUUAUUACUGCGAGGAGUUUGAGGAGUUUGUUUUACAGCCAAAGCAUGUAACAUGUUGCUUUAAGCCUUCUGAACGGGCUACACAAGACUUGACUGUACGAUGUCUACAUUUCCACAGUGGCCUGUUAUUGAAAUAUUAAAAAAAGUACUAAUAAAGUUA